AUGGAGUUUCGGUACCGCGCCGUCGACGAGCGUCGAAGCCGGUCGCCGCCGCCGCCAACGGCGCCGAGUACUCCUGGCUCCGGAUCGGCAGACGGCCACGGCAGCAACGGUCCGGCCGAGCGCGUGGGUAAUUCUGCCGUGACGCUAUGGCGGCCUGAUCUGCUCCCACCGGAGACGGCGGCGGUCGACACUGACGAGCUGCGGCGGCAAGCGGAGAAGGCGAGGAUCAGGGAGCGGAUCCUGAGGGAGGAAGCGGAGCACUGGGAGCUCGAGCUGGAGGUGCGCGGUGAGUUAAGGGAGCAGAUGCUGCAACUGUCGUGGCCUGCGCUUGGGCAGAAGGCGAGAGGAUCCGGCACGCCAACGGCGGUGUCACCGGGAACGAUUACUGCCGCCAACUCAUCGCUGCUGCCGGCUGUUGCGCUUGAGGCCCACCCAAAUGCAAGCGCACUAGCAACCGCGAUGACCAAGCGGAAGAGCUCUGAUCAUGCCGCCGAAGCAUCCAGAGUAUCGUUGGCUCCAAGCAGCAAGAAGCAGAAGAGCACCUUAACCUGCACAGCGUGUGGCAUCAGCGCAAACAGCGAGAAGGCCAUGCAAGACCACCUCAAUGGGAAGGUGCACAGGAAGAAGGUGGUAGCACUUCCGGAGUUGUCAAAGCUAGUGCCAGAUGAGACAGAGCAGGAGAUAGGGCUCGAGGCAGGUGAGGAACCGGGAAUGGCGAUGGAGACAUUAGGAGAUUACAAACCCGCCAAGUUCAUGAUGGCGACGACCGCAGGAGCGCUGAACGAAGUGACACAGAUGGAUGGGUACCUCCUCUGUGAGUUGUGCAAUGUGCGGACGGCAGACCGUAUUACAAUGAUGUGCCACUUGCAAGGGAACAAACACAUCUCUAAUGAUCAGAAGAAGCAUCGACCCUCCAGCAAGCUAUCGGGUGCGGCUAUUGCCACUGCUGAUCCUAAUAAAAAUCUGGUUCUAGAGGAUUACAGUGUGUCGCUGCCACACACUGUGCGGCGCUUGGAAGGCUUUCUGUGUGACGUGAAGGCCUCGUCGAUGAAUGGCAUGCGUCAACACUUACCAGGGAAGAAGCACAAGAAUAAGGCAAACACCAGCUCAUCUGAUGCGUCUGUCAACCUUUCCUUAGGAGGAAAGGAAGUAGCCAAAGCACAACUGAUAGACACGGAUCACACGGCUGUCAUCUCUGACGACAUGGCAGCAAAGGUGGAAGCACCACUAGCGAAGAAGUCAUUGCAACCAAAGCUUGGUGAUGAUGAUGAGCUGCAAGAAAUGACUGUGGCACCACCAAAGGAAGACAUUGCCAUUGGGGAUAGUACAAAGACUCCUGGAACAGAAAUGAUGAAAAGCAAUGCAACUUCUGCUGGGGUUCAACUCAAUAAUGUCUGUGAUUCUGACUCACCGACCAUGGAAGUAGACAGUGUGAUGCACCCUCUACGGCGGGUGGAUGGCUUCCUUUUCUGCCUGAGCUGCAACGCAAAGGCAUCAUCUGAGAUCAUCAUGCAGUCUCACCUGGCUGGGAAAAAGCACAAGCGCAAGAUGGCACUCGCUGCUGCACGAGGAAACAAUGACUUGUCUGUCCUUGUCACCGGGGCUGAUGAGGCACAAGACAAUGGCUCAAAGUCCAUCAAAAGCAAUGUGGAGGCAGAAUCGGCGGUGCCACAAGCAAAAACCGCUGCCAAUGAAGAUGCAGAAUCAGCCCCGCCAUUGGCAGUACCACAAGCAAUGGCAUCCAUGACAGUAGAUCGACCAGUAGAAGCUCAACCUGCUACUUGCAUUACUGAACCAGCAGAGGAAGGCGAGAUUAUUGAGGAAGCUGAAGAAGAGCAUGCAGCUGCCGACUCCAAUGGCUCUGUGACCCAAGCCAAGGAAUCCGUAAUAACAAAUUACACCACUGCCCCUGCCAAGCCAAUCAAGAUCCAGGUGGAGGGUAAGGUGUUCACAGUGAUGCAGCAGGAGAAUGGCAGGCUCUCGUGCGACCUGUGCGGCGUCCAUGGCUGCGACAAGGACAGCAUGAUUCUGCACCUCUACACCCGUACACACUGGGGCAAAGCCAAUCUUGCAGAGAAAAAAGAGCAGCAAGUGUGA